AUGGACCUAUUGGGGACAAUUGUUGACUGGAAGCAAAAAAGUGGAAGGAGACAAGGCAAUUGGAAAACACUCGCAUUGUUGCAGCAGCUCUCAGAGCUCAGUUCCCCACGCAUACUGCCUUGUCUUCAUUCGGUCUGUGCAAAUUGUUCACCAUGUUGUUCAAGCAGCGCAAACAGCAGCGGUUCUCCAGAUCCGCUGGCGGAGUUUCUUAUCGAAACUGCACACGAAACUACGGAGAUGUGUGCGAAUUGUGAGCAAACAAAACAGCCGAUGUACUUCUGUGAGACAUGCCAGCAAGCGUUAUGUCACGAAUGUAAAGCAAUCACUCAUCAGGCUCGCAUGUUUGCAUCUCAUCGCAUUGUAAUCGCUGAAGAAUCGGCACGAGUACGCGGUCGCCUUGCUUGUGCACAACAUUCCGAACCGUAUAUACUCUACUGCACAGAUCGAAAGUGCCUGGCAUGCAUUCAGUGUUUCAAUGACCGUCCACCAGAUGAUAGGUUCGUAAUAUAUGCGUAUUCUCUAUAA